GUUUUAUACCUGCAAGCUGAAUGCGAAAAGACCCAAGAAAACAUUUCCAAAAAAAAAUAGAGAAUCAGAGUUCAUUUCUACUGGUUGCACCUACAAUUUAAAGUCGAUUGGUCGAGUUGGACAGAUGCUGGAUUGCCUUUGAGAGAGGAGAUGCAUCGUAGUUACGUAUCUAGCAUGAAAACUGAUUAUGCUUAUCAAUUCAGUCUACAACGGCUAUCGCAGUUCAAACUCAAUAUGGACAUGUACUCCAGGUGCAUUAAAUAUCUGCAUGGAUCCGCAUUACCAGAACCGUGCUCCCGAAGCAAAUUUUGCAAUUCCUCAAAUUGAAAUAAGGUCACCCUUUACAGAAUUCAAGAGAAAAGGAAACAAAUGGUUUUAACGUAGCUCCAACGAAUAUAGUGAGAAAUGGCAGCUGCAGCUUGUGCAUCGUUGGAGGAAACAGAGAGCUUCAUAACUUGUAGUAUUUGCCUGUGUGAAUUUGAUGCAGAAUUCAGGAAACCCAAAUUUUUGCCUUGUGCUCACACUGUUUGCCUUAAAUGUUUAGAGGAGAUUCACAAGGAUUUUGUCAUAGCUUGCCCACUCUGUCGUAAAGAGUUCUCAUAUCAGGACAAUGUCUCGUGCCUUCCAAACAACUCCUACGUCCUGCACAUGCUAAAAUUAUCUGGAAAAAAUGCUGAAUCUGCAAGUAAACCAGAAGUACAGGGGAAACCAACAUGGUGUCUCACAUGUGGAGUGGUGGCAAAACAAAGCUGUUCAGUUCAUUCCAUUAUUGAUGCAUCAGCUACCACGAUCAAGAAUUUCGAAUCACUGUUAAAUCUCAGAGAUGAUCUCAAGAAAAUGAGGGAUCAAGGCCAAACAAAAUUAGCCUUGGCAAUUGAAAAGAGAAGAGAAAUUCAGACCCAUUUUCAGCAACUAUCUCAGUCAUUGAAAUUGGUUUUGCAUGAAGUCACUGUGCAAGAAGAGCAAAAUGACCUCUGCCUUGUUGAAAUGAUUUCAGAGCUAGAGGCAAACAGUCCUCAAUUAAAAUCUCGCCCAUUAUCCUCUGAAAUGAUAUCAGGAGAAGACGACCAAGAUCCUAUUUUAUCCGAAAUAAUGUCUGUAGUCAAUGGUUCCAAACCAGAAGAUAGUUUUGAAAUUCUCAGAGAAAAAAUGAAGAAAACUCUCCAUUUGUACGAGAGCAAGCUAGCCGAAUCAGUUGCCCUUUCCAAGUCUAUCACGUAUCAAAGGAAGAGCAAUAUAUCUGUAUGGCUUACUGACUCCAAAGAUCAAGUCAUUCCGACGUGGGACUUGCUGGAAACAGGAUUCAACACGUACUGGCCAAAUGACACGAGCCUGUCGCCAACUAAACGCGAUUUUCUGCUUCUGUCUCACAUCGUCUUUUCUAUACAAAAAAGGGGCCAGAAGAUGAACAAGCAAACAAAUUUGGAUUGCCCUUCUGUGACCUAUAAGGCGAAACCUGUUGCCACCAAAUCAGGUGAACCUAGUUCCUCAGUGAAAAGUGAAGAAAAUACAACGGUCAAGUUGGAUCCCUCAACCGAAAAAUUUGAUCUCACCAAGUCAACAUUUAUAUUGACUGUCCAUCGACACGGCACCUUAAAGGGCACUGUUCAUAUCAAGCUGUUCGCAAGUUGUGAUUCACCAUUCGUGCAGCAAUUGGGUAAAAUCUGCUUUCAUUCCCCGAAGCAUUUUAGCGAUGCCAUUGAAAAAACUGUUCCCGACGUGUUUCUAUUGCUUUCGGCCUGUAAGGACAUGUCGGAUUUUUCCUAUAACGGAUUGACUGAUCUUCCACCUGCACGCCACUACAUGGAAGCUGGAAUAUCUUUGCAUUCGGAUGAAAAAGGCGUUUCUAAAUGCUGGAGUUUGGUUUUCCCUCUUAGUCGUUUUGAGGAGAAAAAGAACGAGAUGCACCUGAAAACCUUACAGUCCGUCCAUUUUAUUGGUCAGGUGAAACAGGGCAUAGAUGUUAUCGAAAUGCUCAGUUGGACGUCCAAGCACCAGAGAAGUGGGUACACUUUCACGCUAGAAUCGCGUUAGGAAGCUUCCAGCACACGACUCGUGUUUGGGAUAAGAGAAUUUUGACAAAUGACGUGAUAUUGUCGUUAUAAUUUUUUAGAGGAAAUAAGGAGUUGAGAAUUUUCUCCUUUUUUCAUUGAAGGCAAAUAGUUUUAAUAGAUAUUUCUUUUCUACUAAUAUCUACCUCCUAGUUUGUUGUUGCCUACCAAUAAGAACAGCAAUGGGUUACAAACAGGAUAAGAAUACACUUUAUUUCAUUCUU